AUGGCUUUACAAUUCCGGGAAUUAACCAUCUCAAAGGCCCAUGAUGGCUACAGAAGUGGGAAUUUCACAGCUCGACAAGUGGUGGAGUACUAUCUCGAUCGGAUCCAAAGACUGGACAAAGAUGCCAGUGGCCCAAACCUAAACAGCAUCCUCGCCGUCUCCAGCACCGCCCUCGCUGAAGCAGAUGCGCUGGAUACACACCUCAAAAGCACGUCCUCGCUCAAGGGCAGUCUUCACGGUAUACCCGUGGUCAUCAAGGACCAAGCCGAUACCGCAGACCUUACCACGACGUACGGAUCCAUUGUUGCAAAAGACAACGUCCCAAAGGAAGAUGCCGCUCUCGUCGCCAAGUUGAAAGCAGCCGGAGCCAUCGUUCUCGCAAAGACGACCAUGCCAGACUGGGCGACAUCCUGGCACUCAACAUCCUCUGUGUCCGGAGUGACCAAGAAUCCGUACGAUCUGACACGCGACCCGGGAGGCUCCAGCUCCGGCACCGGCACGGCUGUGGCAGCAGAUCUAGGCCUGGUAGGAAUCGGCGAGGACACAGGCGGGUCCAUCCGUUUGCCAUCCUUCUUCUGCGGCCUUGUUGGUCUGCGUUGCACACCGGGCACAAUCAGUCGCUUCGGCCUCUCGCCGCUGCUCGUACCCCAAGACACUCCCGGCCCGAUGUGCCGCACCGUUACCGACGCCGCGCUGAUGCUCGACGUCCUCGCGGGCUUCGACGAACGAGACCCGUACACCGCAACGGCCGUUAUCUCCGGCCCACCCAAGGGAGGAAGUUACGCGGCCAAUCUCUCUGUGGGCAAAAUCAAGUCAGCACGACUCGGCAUUCUCGAGGGCACCCUCGGGCCUGAGUCAGACCCGGCCUGCCGCUCCGUAAACAAAGUCUUCAACGACACACUCCAGACACUUCAAGACAACGGCACGACGCUGGUCAAUGUCCAGCUCCCAGACCUUGCGCAGAUCCUUUCUCUCACCUUUACGUACCCACAGCGCUCGAGGUCCGAUCUGGAUGCGUGGUUCGCCCGCCACGCAUUCCUCAAAACCGACACAAAGACCAUCCACGACUCGAAGCAGUAUCACCCAGCCCUCGACCUUUUUGAAGACAUUGCCCUCGGUCCCGUUACGCCGGAGCGUGAUCCAGCUUUUACGUCACGGCUGCUUGCCCGCGAUCGGCUUCAGCAGGCAGUCGUCUCGCUCGUAGCUAAAUAUGAUCUCGACGCUUUGGCCUUCCCAGACUGCCAGAUCGCUGCACCGUUGCUCAAGGAUGUCCUUGCUCAACGAUGGCUCGCCGGAAAAUUCCCCACGAAUACGCUUGUCGCGUCACAAUCUCUCAUGCCUGCGAUUUCUGUCCCUGCUGGGCUAACGCAGGACGGGGCAGGUCCGAGCCUGCCGGUUGGUCUGGAAUUGCUGGGUCUGCCGUACCGAGAGCAGACGUUGCUGGAGCUUGCUUAUGGUGUCGAGCAGAUUGUUGCGGGUCGGCAGCCGCCUCCGCUGUAAGAUUGGAGGUUAAGGUUAUAUAUAUCUUCGAGGCUAACGAAGUGGCGAGUGUUCCUGCGAGUAAGAGAAC